UCCGCGGGGAGGGGGGGAGGAGGGGAGGACUCACACAACUGCGGCUCAUGAUCGCCUUCCGUGUGUCGCCUGUUUCUGUGGAGGUGUAGUAGUCAUGACAGCCUCAAACACUGGCCAGCAACCCCCACCACCACCACCUCCUCCUCCUCCUCCUCCUCCCUCGACCAGCUGGAGACGGUCGAUUGCGGCGCAUUGCUGUGCUUUCCCUGUUUUCUCCGGCGUUGUUUUUGGACCGGGGUGUCCCGCAGUGACCAUCGACUGGCUGCUGGACUGCAGCAAGUAGUCGACCUACCCCCACAGAGAGCUCGGGCAUGUCAUCUGUCUCGAACAGUGUGAUUUGGGCCGAUAUUCGCUUGACCACUUGAGGGAAUCAAAGUUGGUGCAAUGGAGACUUCGGGCAGCGAUGCAGCGGUCACUUACUUGGGCAGAUCGGAGGAGAGAGACGGGUUUUAUGAUGUGGAGCACCUGCCUCCACUGCUGGAAGAUGAGGAGAAUGUGUCUCUGGCAGACAUCCUCUCUCUGCGGGACAGCUGUCUGUCGGAGGAGGAGGUGUGGGCUGUGUGUGCAGAGUGUGUUCUGGCGCUGCAGAGCAUCAGACCCUCCCACCUCUUCCACACCCUGUGUAUAACGCCAGACACUCUGGCCUUCAACGCCCAUGGGAAUGUUUGCUUCAUGGAGCAGCUCAGUGAUGAUCCAGAAGGCUCCUUUGUGCCUCCAGAGUUUGACAACACAGGCAGCACAUUUGAGGGCCAUGUUUACUCGCUGGGCUCUACGCUUUCUGCCGCACUGAACUUUGUCAUUGAGCCAGAGCUGGAGGCAGAGCUGGGAGAAGAAAUCCAGAGGCUGCUGGAGCAGAUGCAGGAGGAGAAGCCUGAGGACAGGCCGCUCCUGCAGGACAUCCUCUCUCUGGCUGAAGCACGGCUGUCUCAUACCUCCUCUGCCGCUGUGUGCCGGAAGCUGUCUUCUAUUGGCCGACGGGUGCUGUCCAUCGAAUCAGUUUCAACCUUUCAAGAUGGCCAGGAAGGCUCCUGGGAGGCAAGAUGGCAGCAUCCCAAACCCAGAUGUCUGCUUAAAAGACUGAGCUCGGAUGAUAAUAGCAAAGAGCUGUCUGUUGACAGUUCUGUUAAAGCAAAUGGUCUGUCCAGGCAGCAGGUGUGUGGGGGCUGGGAUUCCUCCCUCUGGGCGGAGGAUUUUGACAGCAGUGAAGGAGAUGGCAUGAUCUUGGCAGAUGACUUGGAUUGCAGGUCCCACAACAGCUCCCCAGUGAGGAGGAGGGCCCAGCAGAGGGUGAACAGGGUGAGGGGGGCUCUUAACCGCUCCUGCUCUGUCCCAGACUCCAACAACCCCCCUUGCCUUUCCCCUCCAACUCACGGAGAUAUCAGCAUACCUGUGUCCGACCUCACAGAGAUAGGAGCGGAUGAACACUUGAGCUGCAAGUCUGUGUGGAGUAACAGACUACAGAGACUCAAUCGGGGCAAGUCCUGUGAGUCCUACCCACACAGUAGCACUGAGGACUGUGUGAACUCAGUUGUGGACUGCCAAAUGUCGCAAGUAAAUGAAGAUGCUUCAGAGACAUUAUGCAGUGGAGAAACUCAGACUCAAGGAGUGCAUGAAUGUGAGUCUAAUAACUGCACCCAGGAUUCAGCAUCUUCCUGUACCUCCUGUCAGGAGCUGGAAAUGGAACAGGACUCUUCUUGGGACCAGAGUUCGUUAAACCACAGCCUCUACAUUCCUAAUAACCACAUGACCAAAAGCAUGCUGUGCCUCAACGAAGAAUCUCAGGAUGAGUGGAUCUCGCUCAGAGAGUUGCUUGCUCGGUGUGGACGGAGGCUGACAGUUAAUGAGCUGUGGGCUCUGUGUUACACCUGCCUGUCCUCACUGCAGACCUACAUUGACUUUCCAGCUUAUUUAUGCCUGGACACAGUGCACGUGGGCUGUGAGGGAGAAGUACUUUUCUUGAAACCUAAAAACAUAGGAUCCAGAGAUGAAUUUUAUCUUGCUCCUGAAUACCAAGAACAUGGAAUUGUGACAGAGAAGGUUUGUGUGUAUGGGGUUGCUGCUAUUCUCUGGGCUACAGCCAAGUUCAGUUUAUCACCUAAUCAAAAACUGGCAAUGCCUCGCAAACUGAAGAGACUGCUACUGGAGAUGGCAAAGAGGACACCCAUUGAGAGGCCUACCAUCGUCAUGGCUAUAAAAAGCUGUCGUGACUACUUAUCAUGUCAAGGGACAAAUGCUGAGACUGUUUGGAACAACCUCGUCAGCAGAGUUCACCCGCCAGUGUCCAGUGAUGCAGAUGAUUUGAGUGCAACUGAAACUCAUCAAAGCUCAUGUGAAGAAUCUGCACAAAACAUCAGCGGCUUUGUGCCCAUGGCCACUGAGAGCCGACUGGCUCCUGUGCCUGGCCCUGUUCCCCACAGCUAUCCAGUCGACCAGGAACUCCAACUCCCAGAGGCCUUCACUUCCACUGCCACACACUUCACCCCCAUCAUCCUGACCAAUGAAGGGGACUCAGAGGAGGAGAGCCAACACCUUGGAGCUGCCAUUGAAGGGACUAUGGAUGGAUCAACAAAAAGCAGUGAACACAUCGAGGAAAGGGACCUCGAUUUCGCUUUGCACUCUGAGUCCCUAUAUACUGCACAGACUGAACCCAAUCUACAUACACAGGAGUUGCCUGUUAAUGAGGCUGUGGUAACUACAACUUCCAGCGACAAGAUGCUGGUCAACUCUGCUUCUACUCUCCCUGAUAUUUCCUGUCUUGAAGUGUCUCUUCCUCCGCUAUUAUCUGCUAACCUCAAUGGUUGUGGUGUUUUCAACAAUUACCUCUUCCGUCAGGAUCCCACAACAGGACAUCUUUCCUUAGUGCCUGUGCAGGUUAGGGCUCCAGAGUCUCUCCUCGGGUUGGAUAUAAAUCUCUCCCUGGUGCCACAGCCUUUACAGGGACUAAUCGCAGUUCCAGAGAACACUGAUGCUCCAUUUAUAAACUGUCUGAAUGUGCCUGUGAAGCCUGAACCCCAGGAUUAUGGCCCAUCAUCAUAUUUCAAAGGCAGCGCCAUCUUUUCUGACAGCCCCCUGGAGCACAGUGUUCCCAGAGCUUACAAUGGACAAACAGAUCCAGGAACACAAGGUGAGAACCAGUCUUCUUCCGAGUCCAUCUCUCCUAAAGUCCACCCUGCACUACAGGAGGUGAUUGACCUGCUCAAGGGAGAGUUUUCACUUGAUGGGUAUUUGGACAAUGGACAUGAGGAGCUCGCCAUGGGGGAGUACAUCUUCUCUUUGAAGGACCUCCAGUACCACAAGUUUGCCAGUGUUGUGAAGGAGAGGUUCAGGGACCUGUACUGGGAAGACGACUUGCUGGGUGUAUUGCACUGCCUGGUUAACUACAGCCCAUCCACACUUGGCUCUAAUGAGCAGCCUCCAUCAAAGGCUGUGAAAAGGGCAGCUCUUACCCAACCCUUGAUAGCCUCUGUCUGGGGAGGGAAGAGGGAAGUUUGCCUGCAUGAUUGUCUCGACCUGAAUGGAAACAUUCACACGUCCAGUCCUGCUGCUGUGGAUUCUUGGGAAGCAACCGAGGCCCAAUCCUGUCACAGAGAAAAUGAGGCUACGCUCGAAGAUUUUGAAUUAAGAACGGAGGAGAGUCAACACUGUAUCCAUCAAGGUGUGAGCACGGACGGUUUGGACACUGGGGUCAUGGAGGGAGGAGAUCAUUCAGCAGGGGGCAGCGAUGAAAGCCCCUCUGAAGCUGAGUUUCUGUCUGGGAGAGAGGAGGGCCUGACGGGUUCCUGCUACGAGCAGAUGAGCCCGGACUGCUCGGAGGACAUGGAGGACAGUGAUUCUCUGGCAUCAGAGCGACUCCUCUCGCCUGGAUUCAGAGCAGAGGGACGGGGCCUCAGCUUCAGCCCAGCCUGGGCCUUAGCCUUCUUUGGAGAGGAUUGUUUUAGUCCAGAGGUGAUCCAGUAUGCAGUGAAUCUGGGGCAGCACACAGGCUCACCGUGUCUGGAUGUGAAAACACAGGAACUGCAGCAGCAGCUGAUAAUUGAAACAAGGAAUCUGAAGAAAACGAGAAAUUUCUACCAGAAGCUGAUUCAACAAGAGCGAAAAAACAAAGGUUCUGAGAGCAAACUGAUGCUGUCCAAACUCAAGUCCCAGUUUGAAGAACUCAGGUCCAAAGUGGUCUUCUUGGAUUGUGUGAAGAAAUACCUUGAGAUUCUAAGUGUGGACCAGUGGGGUUUGGAGGUUUCAUUACUCCCUACUUUGGCUGUCUGUGGACCCGACUCUUUGGACCUCCAGUCCUCCGAGGACCCGUCUGUUCUGAGCUUUGGUACCAGCAAAGGGAAGAGCACUCUGCAAGCUGGAUCUCCUCUGGGUUUCAUGGCUUACCUCUACGCCAGAAAUGCUGCUUUGGAGGGCUUCAUCCAGCAGUUCCUGUAUACCUACCGUUUCUUCUGCACUCCUGAGCAGUUACUGCACUUCUUAAUGGAUAGAUUCAUCAGUGCUGCAAGACAAGGGCCAGACAUGUCAGGAGACAGCGAAAAGAUCUUCCAUCGCAGUUUGGACGUGCUCCAGUUCUGGAUAACAGACUGUAGACAGGUGGACUUCACACCUAAGUCCAGCCUCGUGGAUACAGUAGAAAACUUCCUUAAUACUGAGGUGAUUCCUGUGGACAGCCGAGGGGAAGCCCUUCUUUCUGCUCUCCACAGCCCCCCAUGUACGAGUUGGAGCCAAGGAAGAUGGAGCCUGAUCAGCUUUGAGGAAGAAGAUGAUUCUUCGUGUGUGCAUUCAUCUACUGAGGAUCUUGGGAGAAAGUGGAGAUUCUCAAGAGUAGUGGAGCCUUCUGCAUCCCUGCCUAAAGAGAAGGCCUUCUCCAUUGCUGCGGCCCUGCCUGUGCCUUGCUACGGCUCCAUGGUGGAUGACCUCUCCAACGUCUGCCUGCACAGUGAAGAGCGACUCCCUUUCAGCCAGAAUGAAUACAGCGCACAGCACAUAGCCCAGCAGCUCACCCUCCUGCAGCAGGAAAUGUUUCAAGGAUGUCAUCCAGUUCAUUUCCUUAAAUCCAGAAUACAAGCAGUCAGGGACAAAGUCUUGACCCCAAACAAGAAUGUGUCUCAGCACACCCCGCCAGCAGAGGGCAGCAGCCUGCUUGUUUGUGACGGGACGCAGUCAGACAGCUACCUCCAGCAGCUGCUCAUGUAUGCUGACAGUGUCACUAACUGGAUCUCUGCUGAAAUAGUCAUCUGUGACUCCGUCAAGACACAAGUUGCUUUGCUGACCAAGUAUCUGUGGAUAGGGAAACACUGCUACGAAUCGAGGAACUUUGCCACAGCCAUGCAGGUCCUUGGAGGUCUGGAGAAUGUGAUUGUCAGGCAAUUACCGGCUUGGAAACAUCUGUCUUCCAAGGUGUGUGAAAUCCUGGAGGAGCUACGAGCCGUGCAGGUGUUUCUGAAGAGUGACGACCUGUGUCUGAUGGGGGGAGAACACACGAGGAGGAGGCCCACCCUGCCCUCAGUGCACAUCCUGGCCAUGCACGUCCAGCAGCUGGAGAUCGGAGCCUUCACACUCACUACUGGAGCUUACAAGUGGCCCAAGCUCAGGAGCAUAGCAAAGGUUGUGAGUCAGAUCCACGCCUUCCAGGAGGCUGUGUACCCCCACAGCCCGGACCGGGAGCUGCAGGCCUACCUUCGGCGCCGUAUCGCCCGGCUCGCCACCUCUGACAUCCACCUCUUGGCCGCCGACAACGAUGCCAACUUCCAGCAGUCCAGCGAGCGACAAACACGGAGGAUCCAAGACACGCUGAGGAGGGUUAAAGCCACUUUCCAGUGAGCCCUGACCCAGUCACAUCUCACAACCCAGAGCGAGACGACACAACCAGGUCAACACCCCAUGUCCAAGCCCAGACUGAGAGUCCAUGCUUAAGCCACAACCCACAGAUGCCUGUGCUGUCCUGGCAACAGAGAAGUGUAGACUGGGAAACGUUUUGUGCUGUUAUAUGUUCACUAUUUGUCAAAGGCCCCUUACAUUAAGUCAAUAAUAUCAGUUUAGACUCCCGGACAAACUUUAUUUGUAACUCACGCCUUUAAUAUUACACAGGUUCUGCUGUCGAGCACAUGUAGUUUCUGUUUGAUUUUGAUAAUAGCAUUUUUCUUCCACACAGAGAAGUAUGUUUGUAAUUUGCAAUGAUUCUUCCUGCGCUCAUAUGCUGACAUGUCUUUAAUCAUCAUUUGUGAAUUUACCCUGUAAUUUAGCUGUUAAGGCCUCUAUAUAAUCAUACAUGGACUGAAGGCUGGAUUACCAACAUAGCAAAGUGGGAAACUGUGCGUGAUAAUAUGAUCAAUUGUAACUUUUUGGGGGAAUAUGCACCACUAAAGCACGAUAGCGACUAACGUGCUGAGGGCCUUUAGGUGGAAUGCUACUUUUUUAGCCAUGCUGCAUGGCUGUUGAAGUGUCGGUCGACAUCGAUAUUUUGUUCAAAUAUUCAUGGUCAGCAGAAGACCUAUUGACUUUGAUGACCUCUUGACUUCCCCUUUAUGUUUCUCACAUUCAUGGUUUUGUGGUUUUGGAUGGAUUGCCAUGAAAUGUGAUAUUUAGGUUAUCACGUUCCACACAGGAUAAAUUUGAACAACUCUGUUACUUUGGUUUCUGACCAAAUAUCUGCACAACGAAUAAUGUGUUUACUGCUAAUUCACAAAUGUUAGUAUGCUAACAUGUAGGGAUGUAACAAUACACUCAACUUCGAUAGAAUUCACAAUACUGGUUUCACGAUGUGACUUUCUCAGAAUUUUUUUUAACAAAAUGAGAUUGAAUAAAAAUUCUGACUGAAAAAGAUUCCUUUAUUUCUCAGACAAAAACCUGCUUAAUAUAUUUUCUUUAUCAAAUUAUAGAAUCCUUUCUUGUGUUUGUGAGGUAGGGUAGAAACUGUGCAAAACAAUUUCCUUUGUUAAAAGUGAAACUGAUGUUUUUGCGCCUUGAUACAGCUACUGACAAGAGUGCCGCAGGACUUCAAACAAGCAAACUCAAAAUUAGAUAGUGAAAGCGAGGACACAUUUGGUCCAUGAACUCUGCCUGGAUGGUGCCUGAUCCACUGAUAUUUUAAGCUGACUCUGGAGUUCUCUUUGGAUUCUGUUUCAACUUCUUCACCGCAGGUCACUGCAUGCAUUAUUGUUGUUUUUUCAGCAUGCCCUGUGGCCCCCACUGCCACAGUGCAUUCAAAAUGAAUGUGAGGAGGAAUGUUUUUGCUGCAGCGCCUGAUUUGGUCUAAAUCUGCCUUUUUAAUAUAUCCUCACAGAGCCGUUAGUGUGGUUGGAGUCUCUUAGAGCCGGUAAUGCUAGAAAAAGAAUCCCUAUGAUGUGUGUGAGUGCCUUGUUACAUAAUCUUGAGGCCCUGUCUUGAAGAAUGGUCUUGGGUCAAGAUCUACUUUAGACCUUCAUUAUUUCAGCUGAUACUGUGCUUAUAAGGUGCAUAUCCCUAGAUUAGAUUCAAUUCAAUCAUAUCACCACACAGCAAACCUGGGGACAUGUUUCAUUCCAGCACAGAAACUGCAGAGAAAAGGGAUGGAAUGGGGGGUAAAUUGGGGCCUAGCAGGUUAAUCCAGCCAUGUCAAACAUUUAGAUAACAUCUAUUUGAGGUUGCUGAAUCGUGUUGGACUUGUAGGAAACAAGAUAACUGUUUAUUGAUCAUAUAUUUUGCUUAAUCUACAACACGUAGUCUCUAUUUGUUUCACCAAAUGAGAUUCAUAUGACUAGAUUGAUAAAUUAAUAUCUAAUAUUAAUGCAAUUUAAACAGCACAAUGUGAAAUAAUUGCAUUUAUUCUCAAUAGUGUGUCGUGAAGGCCGAAAGCUAGACAAGCUUACUGUCAUGACAAUACCUUGCCAUUACACAGAAAAUGAUAGAACAUAAUGAGAUGUCAGUGUGCAAAAUGUUAUUUGAGGAAUGAUGUUUAGUCAGUGUCUAUUUUUCUAUUGUGCUGCCCGCUCUCUCUCUUCUAUGGGAUUCGGCCGUGAAACACACCGUGGAGAUGGAAUGUGACGUGCUCCGAAGAUUCGCUUAAUUUAGCCAAAUAAAUGAGAUUUUAUAA